UAGGAUGUGGGGUUUGAGUGGCAUUCCUUGCAAGCAUGCUAUAUGUGCUAUAAAUCAUCAGAAAAAAAAUAGGGAUGAUUUUGUUCAUGAGUAUUACACAGUAGCAACAUUUAAGAAGAUUUAUGCAGCCACGAUCUUUGGAAUCAAUGGCAAACAAUUGUGGGAGGAUAGCAUAUUCAUACCACCUUUGCCGCCACUGAUGAAAAGAGGAAGAGGUCAUAUGGGCAGGAGAAAAGAAGCAGAUGAAGUGAAUUUAAAGAAAACCAAAUUAAGGAGAAGACAAAGCACUAUAAAGUGCAGGAAGUGUGGUGGUGAAGGGCACAACUCAGUCACAUGUGGAAGGCACCAGGUGUGUAGUCCAAGUGGAAAUACACAACCACAACUACAAUCUGAAAUGCCUAUUCAAGAAUAUGAAAUACCUAUUCAAGAAUCACAGAUUCUUUCUGAGAGUGGCAUGUUUGGAGCAGUAACACAAAUUCCUACUCAAACUGCCAAAGUUCCUGGGCCUUCAAUGCUUAGUCAACUGAGACAAGGCCAAUUCAUUUUGGAAAGUCAGAAGAAGUUUCAGAGUUUGGCUGACAUUCAUAACAGGAGCAAGUAACCGAUGGAGGAUUUGGUUUUUUGAUGAAGUUUGUUAGUGAUGAAGACUGAGUGCUUGUGUUUUUGACAGAUUAUGUUUUUGAUGGCUGUUAUAGUCUUAUGUCAUCAUAGAUUAGUUUUUGAAAGAUUGUG